AUGAGUCCUGCCAAUUACAAAUUAAACACUAGCUUAUCACUAAGUGAAAUUAAUAUUGAUGCUGAAAUUAAAGUAAUAAUGAUAGUAUUGUCAUCCUGGACCGAGAGUAGUUAUUUUAAACGUCAACAAUUUCGUGAUACUUCAAUAAAAUUGAUUCCUCAGAACUUUAAUAAAGUUUCUAUUACCUACCGUUUCAUUCUCGGAACCCAACCUUCAGCAAAAGCACAGCAAUUUAUGGGAAGCAAAAUUUUAGCUGAAUCAGAAAAAUGUGGUGAUAUUGUCAUUGUGCCAUCAUCAGAUCUUUAUAACGACCUUAGUCACAAGUACCCAUUGCCUAUGUUUCCGCCUUUCACAGCCGGUGCGCUCUAUAUUUUAUCUCGAGAUAUUAUUUCACUAAUUGCUACAGAUUCACCACGCAUUUUCACUAAAAACGAAGAUCAAAAUUUGGGCAUAUGGCUCUUUCCUUAUAAUAUUAAACCGAUUCAUGAUAAACGCAUUCAACAAGCAGAUGUGUGUGAAGAUGAUAUGAUUGCAAAACAUUUUAGUGAUAGUUAUGACCCUGAUCUAAACAACCAUUGGAAAGAUUGGAAUUUUGAUUGUGACUAUGUAAAAGGUAUCACAUUACUUCACCACGAAAAUUUUUCAAUAAUAGAUCAAAAUGAUUCUUCAUUAGUAUUUGAUGAGCCAGUAAAUGCAAUAAUGGGAAGUAAAGAGGAUGAGUGGAUAAUACCCGGUAUUCUUUCUCAACACUCAUCGGUUUAUUCGCAGACAGAUCAAUGGCAUUUGCUACAUUGGAUGAUCUGGACAACGGAUCAAUCAACUUUUCAAGAACGGCAUUACAAAACAAUUGAACUUGUUUGGGUCCACAAUCCAAAGGCAAUUAUUUUUGUUGUAACAAACACACUUCCAAACCAAUUUUUUGAUGAAUAUAAAAAACAAGGUUAUCAAAUUCAUGUAAUUAACUUCGAUCAAGAAUUAAUACUAAAAAGACAAUGGUUCCUUGGUGUAAACUCCAAAAACUGGAUUUUAGAUUGGAAAAAAUGGGAAGGAGCACAAUAUUUCCCUUAUUAUCUUGCUGAUUAUAUGAGGAGUGUACUCUUAUAUAAAUAUGGUGGAAUGUAUAUGGAUAUGGAUGCUCUUUGGAUUCGUGUUCCACCAGAUAAUAAUAUGGAAUUUAUUGGUUCAGACUUCUCCAGUUUAUCUGCAGAUCUCGAAUGGACAUUGGACACAAAUGGCACAUAUCUGCCGAAUGGUGUUAUGCGUUUUCGUAGAGGAUGGGCAAUGUUCAGAGAAUUUAUUGAAAAUACACUUUCAGAAACUUUUCCAACUUCAUGUUUCAAUUGCUUAGGUCCUCGUGGGAUCACAAAAUAUGUGAAAAAAUAUCGAACACUGCUAGAAGAAAAUGGACUUAAAAUACUUCCUAAUCAAAUUCUUUAUCCUCGCGAUUAUAUUCAAAUCGUUGACCUACUAAAAUCUGAUCCAACUGCGAGUCAAGAGUUGCAAAAAAUUGAGAGAGAGUCAUGGAGUAUUCACUUGUAUGGCAAGUCAACAAAUUCUAAAUUGAUUGAGGAAGGUAGCGUUGUUGACUUGCUCAUAAAAAAAUUUUCAUUGGAUAUACCACAUCCACCGGCACCAUUAGUAAAAGAUGGAAAACCAGAUUAUAAAAGAUCAUUAAAUGGACAAUUUCAAGGCUUAAAUAUAAUUUUCAUACGAGGUGGUCCAUACAAAAUUAAUAAAGCUACCAUUAAUGCUAGUGCACAAAACGGAAAGAUUUCAUUCAAUCUUAAUGGUGGUACUUUAAGUGAAAUUUCUAUGACAAUCAAUGAACCAACCAAGAUGGAUGUCAACAGCUUGUUAAAUUCCUUAGUUUAUCGCCCAAGUGAUCAUGCGCAAAAGGAAGGUGGUAAAGAUACUAUCAAUUUGAAGGUUACAUGUGAUGAUCAUUAUGAUACUUUGAGUAUCGAAGUUACAAUAUCUGGUUCGGAAGAUUUGG